AUGAAUAUCAGCCGAUUGUCUAUUAUCAAGUUCCUUGAAUUGGCUCUGACGUGCGGUUGCGUGGCUCUCCACGCGAACAGCUUUAACACUGAAGUGGAUAUCGGUAUGCUGGCCACGGGUACCUUCGUUGGCUACCUAAUCAUUUUUGCUGGCGCCGCUGCGGGCUACUUAAUGCAGACGCCAACACACAAACGUGUAGAUGUCUUCUACUCUUUGGCUGGUGUUUGUCUAUUCGUCGCCAGCGGAGCGUUGAUUAUUGAUAAAUACCAGAACUACAGCAGAACGGAAACUGUGAAAUAUAAUUUGGCUAAGGGUUCCUUGGCGGUCGUCAACGGUGCCGUGUUGCUUGUCGACGCCGUACUGACACACCGCGGCGGUUAA